AUGCAACGACUGCGCUGCUCCUUGGGCGCCACAUUUGUGACGUUUCGGUGUGAAGCACUCGUGCGCCGUCAUGGGAGUGUGGCGCUGCGGCCCGUCGGCUACGCGCUGCACGUCCCGCGGCGAUUCUUUCACCCCGCGUCGCCGUUCGCCGCGGCGUUAGCCACACAGCGCCGUUGGGUGCGCGCCCGUGGCCACGCCGAAGAAGGGUCGCAACAGCAGCAAGAGCAAGAGCAAGGUGGGGGUGACGAGGGCGCACAAAAGCCCGAUGGAGAGAAGGGCAAAGCCGAGGAGAAGCCCGCCACUGGUUUCCGCGCCCAUCUGCAAGGACUGAAGGAGGACUAUGUGCGCUUUCCUGAUAUUUACAAUAGCGCCAACGCCCUCAACUUCAUUCUCUUCACUGUCUUCUGUCUGUGCAGCACCGGCAGCAACGUGGAGGAAAAGUGGUGGCUGGACAAUUGGGGCGUCGACGCGCGCUUCGCGCCGCUCGCAUGGGGCUUGCACUCGCUUCUGAUGAACAACUUCCUUUCCAUGACAUUUGCCAUGAUGCUUCUACACACCAUGUGCCACAGCGUGCUACCCACACUUGGCUCUCGCGGCCUCAUGCUGUACUGCGCGGCAACAGCUGUGGUGUCCGGCUUUGUGUUGUGGAUUGGCAACUACGCGGCGAACAACACGGCAGAGAAGCAGUUUGGCCCGUGGGACAUUGUGGCGGCGCUCUUCGUGAUGCAGUACCUGCACCAGGGCUUCACACCGGUGCAGAUCCUCAACAGCUUCAAUGGCUGGGUGCGAUAUGCCUGCUGGGUGGGGGCGGUGUGCAUCUUGUACUUCGACUGGCAGCCGACAGCGGUGGGGACGCUAGUGGGGCUUGCGCUGUGCAAAGGCCACCCGAAGUUCCGCGUGACAGGGCCCGCUAAGUGA